AGUAAUAUGAACAGGACUAAAAGGAAAGCCCCAGCAAGUUGUAGAAAGUUGACUAACAAGGAGGGUUUUAGGAAUUUAAGAGACUCCCAAAAAAUUCAAUCUUACCUAUGAUCCUAUUAUGGAUUAUUUACUGAGAAAGGUUUCAACAUGUACUAGUAAAUACAUUCGCAUUCCAGUCAUUGCCAUUGCUGCUGCUGCUGCUGGUGGGUCCGGUCUCUUGUAUGCAAACAGCAAGCACCGUGAUUCCGAUACAAGGAUAUCACUUUCAUUUCGUGCUGAAUCUUUGCAUGAAUCUUUGCUACUUCCAUGGCGAACACCACUGGACUUGACCCAGCAUAGUUGGCACUUUGAUUUUGUAGGAAAUCUCCCGUUAUUCUCUUCUAGAAUCAGUCCUGUUCCAUCUGGUGAUAUAAAGAAUGAAAAUCCAGGGGUUGUUGGAGAGAGUCCAAAACCCAGUUGUGGAUGUUUAGGCAGAGAUACCAUCGCAAAUGCGGCUGCUAGGGUUGGUCCUGCUGUUGUUAAUCUAUCUGUUCCAAAGGGAUUCUAUGGGAUUACUACUGGAAAGAGUAUAGGGUCUGGCACAAUCAUUGAUUCAAAUGGUACGAUCUUGACUUGUGCUCAUGUUGUGGUCGAUUUUCAAGACAUGAGAGAUUCAUCCAAAGGAAAGGUUGAUGUGACUUUGCAAGAUGGUCGGACAUUUGAGGGUACAGUGGUCAAUGCUGAUUUACAUUCUGAUAUUGCUAUUGUAAAGAUAAAGUCUAAAACCCCACUGCCAACUGCAAAACUUGGUUCAUCAAGCAAGCUUCGCCCAGGGGACUGGGUGGUAGCUAUGGGCUGUCCACUUUCCCUUCAAAAUACCGUGACAGCUGGCAUUGUUAGCUGUGUUGAUCGUAAAAGCAGUGACUUGGGUCUUGGAGGAAUGCGAAGAGAGUAUUUACAGACAGAUUGUGCAAUCAAUAUGGGAAAUUCUGGUGGGCCGCUCAUUAAUGUUGAUGGAGAAGUUGUUGGUGUUAAUAUAAUGAAAGUACUGGCUGCAGAUGGAUUAAGUUUUGCUGUACCAAUUGAUUCAAUUGCCAAAAUUAUGGAGCAUUUCAAAAGGAGUGGGAGAGUCAUUCGGCCUUGGCUUGGCUUGAAAAUGAUUGAUCUUAAUGAGAUGAUUAUCACUCAACUUAAAGAGCGAGAUCCCAAAUUCCCUAAUGUUAAAGAAGGUGUUCUUGUACCUAUGGUAACUCCUGGCUCUCCAGCUGAUCGUGCUGGAUUCCACCCUGGUGAUGUUGUCAUCAAAUUUGAUGGGAAGCCUGUUCGAAGCAUCAAGGAGAUCAUUGAAAUUAUGGGAGACAGAGUUGGCAAACCCUUGGAGGUAGUUCUGAAAAGACCAAAUGAUGUGGUGGUGAAUUUGACUGUUAUUCCAGAGGAGGCAAAUCCAGAUAUGUGAAAGACAUUAAUUUUUUUUGGUGAAGAUAUCUUCUCUUCAUAUUGAAUCUCAAAUAGGAAAUAAGCAUACCUGAGAAUCAAUCCGUGCUUCGCAACAUCUUGAUGUAAUAGAAACCCCUUCUCAAAUUAACCAAGUGUUUAAAUUCAUCUUUUUCUGUACAAAAAUCUUCUAAAUAUGAACUUGCAGUUUGUGAAAAAGAAAUAUAGAAUAGAAAACCUUGUUUUGGA